AUGAGCCUGGUCCAUGCCACUGUGUUCCUGUGGGCAUGGGGGAGCUUCCUGGCCUUUGAAAUCGUGGAGAAGGAGAAUGUUUUCCAGAAGACCCCGUGCCCUGCCUUCCUGAUGUUUGACAAUGCAGCCUACCUGGCCGACAUGACCUUUGAGCUUCCCUGCCACUGCAAGCCUGAGGAGGUGUCAGCCGUCGUCUGGUUCUACCAGAAGCACCCGGGCAGCAGCCACACCACGGUGCUGACAGACUUUGACGGGCGUGUGCUCCCCGAGGCGGCCCAGGUGCGGGUGGGCCGCGACAUGCUGGCCCGAUUCAGCAUCCGCAUGUUCAGUCUGCUGGUGUUCCGGGCCCAGCCCGAGGACUCAGGCCUGUACUUCUGUGGCACCCGCAAGGGAGACUACUUUUACGCCUAUGAUGUGGACGUCCAGAGCGGCGAGGGCAUGGUGGCCACCUUCCAGGAUGAGGGCCAGGAACCCUUCGCCGACGAGCGCCACGGGAACCUCCGCAUCUUCACCACCUUCUGGGAUUGGACGCCCUGUGACCGCUGCGGGGUGCGCGGGGAGCAGUGGCGCAUCGGCCUCUGCUACCUGCAGAGCCCGGGCCUCUCCCCACGCUACCGCAAGACUCUGCCCGACGUGGUGUCCUGCGGCUCAAGGGCGGUACCCAGGAGGCUGCGGACCCAGGCCAGUGGCCACACGCCUGAGCUGCUGGUGCGGAGCUGCCUGGUGCCUUGCGAGAGGAGCAAGUCAGUCCAGGAGGGCCUGCUGGCCAUCUUCAGCUACGUGGCCAAGGUGGGCAGCCGGCCCUGGGUGCCCCGGGUGCCCGUUCAGUUCCACCAGCAGAGGCUGGGCCAUGGGCUCAUCAUCUCCUGUCCCAGGGCCCGGCCAGAGCACGCGGUGGCCUGGGACAAAGGCAGCCAGCCCCUGUACCGCACGCAGUACCUGAAGGGCGUCAACAGGUCCAUGCGGGUGUUCAUUGACCAUGGCCACCAGCUCCACAUCCGCUUCACCCGGCUGAGCGACCAUGGCGUCUACUACUGCUGGCGGCAGGGCAAGCGGGUUGCAGGCUUUCGACUGGGCGUGGUGUCCCGGGGGCCUUACCCGGCCUCGCUCUCAGACCCAGAGACUCGCUCUGUCGUGGUGCUCACCCUGCUAGGCUACCUGCUCCUCACCGCCUUCUUUGUCACCGCACACCUCUGCCGGUGCUGCUGCUACUUAUCUCGCUGCUGUCCCAGUUCCGCCCCCUGGUUGUCUCCUCCCCAGCCCUGA